AUGGCUGAGCAGUUGAUUCUCAAGGGUACCCUCGAGGGCCACAAUGGCUGGGUCACCAGCCUGGCUACCUCCAUGGAGAACCCCAACAUGCUCUUGUCCGCUUCCCGUGACAAGACUCUGAUCAUCUGGAACCUCACCCGUGACGAGUCCCAGUACGGUUACCCCAAGCGCUCCCUCAAGGGCCACUCCCACAUCGUCUCCGACUGCGUCAUCUCCUCGGACGGCGCCUACGCCCUCUCUGCCUCUUGGGACAAGACUCUCCGCCUUUGGGAGCUUGCCACCGGCACCACCACUCGUCGCUUCGUCGGCCACACCAACGAUGUUCUGUCCGUCUCCUUCUCCGCCGACAACAGACAAAUCGUUUCCGGCUCCCGCGACCGCACCAUCAAGCUCUGGAACACCCUCGGUGACUGCAAGUACACCAUCUCCGAGAAGGGUCACUCCGAGUGGGUUUCCUGCGUCCGCUUCAGCCCCAACCCCCAGAACCCCGUCAUUGUCUCCUCCGGCUGGGACAAGCUCGUCAAGGUCUGGGAGCUCAGCACCUGCAAGCUGCAGACUGACCACAUUGGCCACACCGGUUACAUCAACACCGUCACCAUCUCCCCCGACGGUUCCCUCUGCGCCUCCGGUGGCAAGGACGGUACCACCAUGCUCUGGGACCUUAACGAGUCCAAGCACCUCUACUCCCUCAACGCCAACGACGAGAUCCACGCUCUUGUCUUCUCCCCCAACCGCUACUGGCUCUGCGCUGCCACCGCCAGCAGCAUCAUCAUCUUCGACCUCGAGAAGAAGAGCAAGGUUGACGAGCUCAAGCCCGAGUUCACCGCUGUCGGCAAGAAGAGCCGUGAGCCUGAGUGCGUGAGCUUGGCCUGGUCCGCCGACGGCCAGACCCUGUUCGCCGGUUACACCGACAACAUCAUCCGUGCCUGGGGUGUCAUGUCGAGAGCAUAA